GGACUAGAUAUGGAAUGUUUCCAACAUGAACUGGUGCAAUUUCAUAGUUGGUUUCCUUCACACUUCACUAUCCAAUAAGAUGUACAACAAAGGAUGCCGACUGCAUCUGAUGCUCAUGUAUGUCGAUAAACUUGACAUCAGCACUGUCAACCUUAACCCGUUUGGCGGUCUGCCUCCAUCACACAAGUUUGCUGCAUGGGCUUGGACUGAUGCUGCAAUCAAGGUUGUUCUCUCUGCGGACAGGAAGCCCGAUGGGACGUUUGGCAAGCUACAGCUUAUGGGAGAACAGAACGUUGAUUACAGCUUAUUUGGGGGACCCGCCAACUUCAACAAAUGGAUGGAUGGUCACACAAACGAUUCAUGCCCUUCAACUGCGCGAAGUAACAUUGAGAAUCUUGUUGGACAGUUUGCGUCCGGUAUGACCAACAUUCUUGGGAACGUUGUACGGGGUUGGACUGCUAUGUCGGCUGGCGACGGAGAUGAAGUUGCAAACCAGUUCCGUUCUUUUGUUUGCGGUGGCACUUCUCAUCCAACUGGAUCUAGGGGCAGAUACGACCACAACGAUUCGCAAGAGAUACCCCCCAGCGAUGAAGAUUUAUCAAUUGAUGACAGUGACUAUGACGAUGAUGACCAGCAAGAUGACACAUGUAACGAUGGCAAUAACAGAAUGGACGACACUGAGCAUGACACGUCGCAUGAGGAUAGUCAUGGAGGUGCCGAAACAUCCACUGGACAGGGAUAGGGCGGGCAUUCUGGUCCCGAAGCCCCCAAAAGGGAUAGGGAUGCAUGAGACACGGACCUUCAAGCUGCUUCCAAAAGGAGAAAGUUGACCCCAUUGCUGAUAGAAAGAGGCUCAUUUCUGUUCAUUAUUGUUUCUUGCAACUUUAAUUCAUUAAUUAUUUAUUCUAUCUUUUUUGGUUCACUGUUCUCCCGUGGUGACUGAUGUUUUGUGUUUUUCUUGCAGGCAGGCAACCGUUGGUGGAAGAGUGACCAUAGAGAAAAUUGUCCAACAACCUUCGAGAUCUUCUGCUCGUGUAGGCAAGGCUCAUACGGCUACACUUUCAUCUCCUCGCUUUGCAUCCUCCAACAAGGGAGAUCCGGUAGUUCUUGAGGACAUGAGGGACGCAGGGAAAAGGCUAAAGAAGAAGAAGCAAUCAGUCUGGCCAUAUGGCUAAAGCUAGCAAAAAAGACCCGUUGUAGCGCAUGCACUCUAAGCUUUAUUCAUCCGACAAUGUGGACUUUUGUCAAAGCACCUGUUGUCACUAGUUCUGAUGCUCCAGCUAAGUUGUUGUCAAUUGUUGCUGCUGUGCUGACCGGCAAUGAAGGUGCAGGAUUAGGGGGUUCCGAUGAUUUGGUCUCCACAAGAAUAGCGGAGAUUGCGCCGACAUUGGUAUCCAUGAGGUACGGGCUCGAAGGUAGCCCAGCAGUGUCUGAUGCUGCGGACCAAACGCAGCAUCCUAACAUGCAUGUGCGAGACACUAUCGCUGAUAAGUCUGAGCAACCUCGCUCAGUAGGUGAAGAUUGUACAACUACGGCUGCCGCUACUGCUGUGGAAAACAAGGGCCCGGUAGUCACGCAACAAGCACAUCAGGCUGGACCGCAUGAUCGCACCGCUCAUCCGCUUAUUGUUUCCAAAGCUGCUCCACUUGUAGAUGACAAGAAAACGGCAAAACAGGUAGUCGGUACCAGGAAGAGCCCUCUGAAAAGAGUUGAUUAGUCAGGUAAUGUGCAUGGUCAGGACACAGGGUACGUGCUUGCUUCAACAUUGUUCCCGACUGCCCCCAAGGCAGGAAUGCCAAUCCAAUUCAGACGAACGUACUUGGAGGUGGAACGGUAGAGGAACCGACAGUCUCUCACAAAGAAAAGAUUCAUCCCAAUCCAACGCUCAAGCACACACGUGCCCCACUAGAUAUGGGUGUCCCUUACACUCCAAGAGUUGACAAUCAUGCACAAGGGACAGGCAAGAAGGUGCUUAUUGAUAUUCCGGACACGAUUCCGCGACCUACUGUCAAGCCUAAGGAUGCUGAAUCAGUCGAUAAGGACAUCUUUGUUGAUCUCUCUCCAUUGGCAACAUCUGUUGGGGUGAUUGAAAAGCAGAAUGAGCGUGAGGACAGGGACCCUAUGGAUUUCACGCCACCACCGUUCAACCUCGGAAUUGAUUUGAGCCAGUCAAAGGAGCCAGUUGAUGCUAUCCCAGUCUCAUAUGCAUUCCCGUCCCAGCCGGACCUGAUGAUGGCGCAACCAAUUCUUGAUGGCAGAAAUGCUGUCAAAUUUGCCUCGAGGCCCCAGUCUGAAUCAUCGAUGUAGAGCUUGCCUCGGCGACUCUUGGUCAUAUGCGUCCAAUCGCAUAUCCCUCGAUCGCUGGGAGAGCUCCCUCCAAGGCCUCAACACCAUCGAGCGAUAGCCCCCCAAUGGGCACCAACUGUCGUGGUUUUGUCAUGAUAGAUGUUCUCGUGAAAGGACUUAGUCGUGAGGCCAUGGCCUCAAGGUAGUAGCUUGAAUGGGGUUAAUCGAAGUCAAGAGACUAGGGUUUACCUAGGUUCGGCCCCUAGCGAUGGAGGAAAUAGCCUACUUCCUGCUUGAUUAAUUAUUGCUUGGGAUCUUGAUUACAAGGGUGCGACUUGGCUAUCCUAGUACCUGAGAGCUUGUAACUUAGUCUUUCUGCCUCAGGGGCUCCCCUUUAUAUACAGGUCGAGGCCCUCGGCUUAUAACAGAGUCCGGGUCAUAAUAACACCCGUGCCCUAAUCUGUUUCCUACUUA